AUGAAGCAACGCGAAGUAAGACUUGAGGAACUAACAGAGCGCUCAAGAUUGAAUCUAUACUUCAAACACAUCCAACCAAACUAUCCACUACUCGAGACUUGUCCAGACAGACGACUCAGAAGUGCGCUGCGCAUGUCACCCCGCCUCAAAAUGGCCUUGUUCACCGUGUCUUCACGCUUCGCGAACCCAGGCGUCAUACCGUGGUCACCAGAAGACUUUGCUAACCGAGCUCAAAGUCUCUCAAGCGACUCGGAACUGAGCGUGGAUGAACUGAAAGUAUCUUUUCUCCUGUGCCUUCACGCCAUGUCUGACUCCUUGACGUGGGCAACUGUCACCGAAACCACCAAGAUCACCAGGAUGGCUGAUUUGUACUACACGAUGUGCCUUGGAGGACAGCGCAACGUGUCUGGCAGGGCCUUUGAUCUCAAUAGCGAGAAGGACGCCGGGGGUGGGGAUGGACUGGCAGCAAGACGACGGGACGAGGCGGAGGACUUGGAUGCUGAGAUGGAGGAGUGGAACAGGGUAUGGUGGUGCAUCUAUCGCCUUGACUCCUGCUGCUGUGCCAUCACUGCAUCACCAAACGCGAUAUCGAAUCGCCUCGAAGAGAAGAUCAGACUCACUUCUGAAUCACCUACCGAGUCCAUGAUCCAGCCGUCUCUUGACUCUGAACACAAUCAGGACCUAUCGCAGCACGAGUCUCUGAGCAGAUCAACGCAUCCGAAACACUGGCGGACGAUGAAAGCCAUCUUCUCACAGCCGGCAUGUACGAAUCAGAGCCUCUAUCUCGGCGUAUGCACCUUUGUGAGAUCCGUCACAGAACUCAGAUCCCUAGUCAAGUCCGGCCGCACCAAAGGCCUCGAGAACCGCCUGCGAGAGCUCGAGAGCGACAGCGCGGCCACGGCGUUUGCGUUGCCUUCGUGGUACUUUCAGCCCGUGAGGAAUCUGAGCGUUGGCGAGACGGGAGAAGACCACGCGUCUCGGUUGAAGAACUUGCUUGUCUGGUCCUGCUCCGACUUGCUACUCGCCAUCUGUGCCGUGGAGAUGAGCAGCUCGUCGACCGCGGCUGCUCUCGAUCUCACAGCACACUGGCACUCGAUCUUGGACAAGGCAAACGACGCGGCCGAAGUCGUCGGAAAAUGGAAGCCCGCCUACCUUGACGUUGUUGACCCGUUGUGCUCCUACAUUGUUCUUUUGGUUGGCGCAAUCUUCUCUUUGCAAAGAGCGCUCUCGUCCGAGAUGUCCCUUUUCUCCUCCCAGCUUGAUCUGCUGGAGUUGUUUAUGGAGCAGAUAGGGAGCCGUUGGCCUAUUGGUGAGUAUCGCUCCUACCAGCCUGUUUCACAGCCCCUUCUUUCUAACAUAUUUGGGAUAGCAAACCGCCUCAGCAGUAAGUACUUUUCCUUCAUGGUUUCCGAAGAUAAACAAGCUGACCCAAAGGGCGGAAAAGAAUCACUUCAAUCCAUACAGAGAAACUUGUCUUCAGGAAAGUCUACUUGUACCCUUGAGACGGCGCUCACCUAUGUCCGCCAGUUGACUCACCCUUUCGAUGGGCAACCUGUCCACCCCGUCUUGAAAGGUGAUGCCCCGGGAGCUAUCAUAUCGGGACCUACAGAGGCAAGGGACGCAAGCAACGGAUGCUAUUCUAACACGCAUGAGGAGGGAUAUGGUCAUUAUUAUGGCCUCGACGAUGUUGAUUUCGCGAGUCUGGAGGGAGUCUUUGGCGACAUGGACCCGAUGGACAUGCUGCUGCAGGUAGGUUGUUGA